ACUGUGAUCUCCUUGUAUUGGCUCAUUCUGUGACAAGACCAAGGGAAUGACAUUUCGCCGGGACUUUGCCUGUCUUUCCCUCUGACUACUGGAUUUGGAAAUGCACAUAAAGGAACUGAUCUAAUGAGAUGAAGGGAAUUGCUGGAUAAAUCCAAACAUGGCAGCUGUAUAUGCAUUCAUUUUGCUUCAUAUUGUCUUUGGUUUUUUACACCAGGGUUUGGGUUUGAUUUCAGACUACAAACUAUGUGGAGACCCCGAAUGUGAAAGCAUGAUAAGUCUGGUGCAGGCACAGAGAGACCAUAGUGCAACAAAAGACUGCCGCUUUCUAAACUUCAAAAAAGGGGAUAUCAUCACUGUUUACUACAAACUUACUGGAAAAAGAAAUGAUCUCUGGGCAGGAAGUAUAGAAAAGCUGUCUGGAUUGUUUCCAAAAGAUGCCAUCAAGGUUGAUCAACUGUUUAUUGAUGAAAAAAAGGAAAUCCAGGUGCCGACCCAGGAAUAUGACUUUAUCUGCUUUGAUGAUAAUGGUGUAGUGAUUGAGCGCAGCACUGAAUUUGAUGAUCUGGAAGAUUUGUCACAAGAAACCGAUCUCAAUGAAGUCCAAGAUAAACCUACUGAAACAGAAGAGAGUGAACCCAGACAGAUUUCUGUUAAAGAUGUUUCUGAUCAAAACAGCCCCAAGACGACAGAAAAAGGUGGGUCUUCCUGGAUAGGCUCUGCUGUUAGUGGAUGGUUUGGCAGGAAUGAACAAAUCAAUGAUGAACCACAGGAUGAGAUCGGUGAAGUAUCCUUCAAAAGCAGAAAAAUUGUGAUGAAUAUUGAGGAGAACCAUGUGAAGGAGAAGACGAAUUCUGGAACGUUUGGGUGGAUCAGGGGUGAACUCAACAAUGAUUUUGGGUUUGGAAACAAGGAUCUAAAAACUGAUACUCAGGACAAUAUUGAGAGCCCAACAAAUGAUGAAGAUACCUCAUCUCAGCAGGCUAGCUCCUGGAAAAGUAUGGGUAGAGAUGUAUUGGACUUAAGUGAAGACAAUCCUGAAGCUGCGACUAAACAUGAAGCUGAGAAAUCUAAUGAAAACUCAAACAUCAAGGAUGAGAGUAUUCUUAACCCGAGUCAGAACAUGGGUAUUGUUGACAACAUACAGAGAGAUGAAAACAACCCAGAUGACAGUGUGGAAAAUAAGGACGGUCCUUUGGAGGACAGGAACACAGAAAAUGAAAAAGAAGAAGAGCAGGCGGGGUGGUACGGAAAUAUGUACAACAGAAUCACAAACCUUUACAGAGAAGAGCAAACUAAAGAUGAUGAGGAUGAUGGAGGCAAAGAUAGUUUGUCAGAAAGCCCUGGAUCUGCUACAAAUACUGAGAACACUGAAACCAAAGAUUCAGAAUCUAGUUCACAGUCCAUAUUUUCAGUCAACGGCCUGACAUCAAUGCUUAAGCUUCCUUUUCAGGCAGACACAGAAGUAAAGAGAGAUGAGGAAAAGACAGAAAAGGAAGAACAUCCAGGUAUGGAAGACUUUGAUGAGGAACAAAAUAAUAAUGAGGAUCAAGAAGAAGAAAUGUUGACUGAUAUUGAUGAACAGGACUCAAACCCAACAGACACUGAUGUACUUAGUGUUGUAACUGAUAACUUGGAACAACUAGAUGAAGUAUCGAAUAUGACAAAAUACAGCACAGAUUCACAAAUCCUUGAGAAAAAGUCAGCAGAUAAUUUAACUGACGAAGUUCAAAGUGAAAACAUUGCUGAUUUUUUUGAGGGAAAGGUGGAGCAAGAUAGGAGAGAUGUGCAAAGUGAUGAGGAAAAGACAGGAAAGGAAGAAGAUCCAGGUAAGGAAGACUUUGACGAGGAACAAAAUAAUUACAAGGAUCAAGAAGAAAAAGUGUUGAUUGAUAUUUAUGAACAGCACUCAAACCCAACAGACACUGAUGUACUUAUGGAAACUCAGUCACUGUCUAGUAAAACAACGACUUUAAAAGAUAGCAUUGCAUCUAAUAGCAUUGAACAACUAGAUGUAGAAUCUAAUAUGACAGAUGACAGCAUAGAUUCACAAAUCCUUGGAACCAAGUCAGCAGAUAAUUUAAAUGAAGAUGUUAAACGUGAAAAUGCUGAUUUUUUCGAGGGAAAAGUGGAGCAAGAUACAAGAGAUGUGCAAAGUGAAGAGAAAAAGAAAGGAAAGGAAGAAGAUCCAGGUAAAGAAGACUUUGAUGAGAAACAAAAUAAUUACAAGGAUCAAGAAGAUAAAAUGUCAACUGAUAUUUAUAAGCAGGACUCAAACCCAACAGACACUGACAUACUAAGUGAAAAAACAAUGACUUUAAAAGAUAGCAUUGCAUCUGAUAGCAUUGAACAAAUAGACGUGGAAUCUAAAAUGACAGAAGAUAACAAAGAUUCACAAAUCCUUGAAACCAAGUCAGCAAAUGAUAUAAAUGAAGAAGUUAAAUAUGAAAAUAAUGCUGUUUUAGAAGGAGCUGUAGAGAAAAAUAUGGAAAAGACAGUAAAGGAGGUAAAUUCAGGUAAGGAGGACUUUAUUGAACAACAGAAUGUGAAAGAUGUAGUUAAGCAAGAAUCAACCACAAAGGAUGUUGAAUUAUUUAGUGAAACUCAGGUUCUCUCUGAUGAAACAAUGACCUUAAAAGACAGCGUUGCCUCUGAUGACAUCAGAGAUACAGAUGGCUUUUCUAAAGAAUCUAACGCCCAAAAUGGUGAUGAGGUUAAGUCUGCAAAUACAAACGAUAAAGUUAUUCAGAGCAGGAACAACUUAGCUGAUUCAGCUAAAGACAUUUCAGAAGGCAAGUUGACACAAAGUCUGUCUGAUCAAGGCAAUUUAGACACUAUCAAACAGCAAGAAAAUGAUUCUAAUGAAACUAGCGCAGAUCCUGUAACUGGUGCUAAUACAUCUGAACUGUCAGAGUCAGAUAUUCAAACAGGUACUCAGUUACAUUAUGAAAAAACACAAGAAUCAAAUGUUGCCGAUUUGUACACUGACUCUCAUAUUGAAACUCUCACAACUGGUCAAAGUGUAAAUGCAGAUGUAAAUACAGAACUGAUUAUGGAUGCAUUAUCAGAAUAUAAUAAUGAAAAACAAUUAGCUGAAGGCGAACAAGGUAUAUUGAAAGAAAAUGAGUUAGUUAUAGACAGAAAAGAUGAAUUAGUUGAGGCACAGUUAGAUGAAGAUCUACCAAAAGACAUCACAUUUCAUCAAGAAAAGUUAUCAGAUUCAGAAGCAUAUGCAACGCAAAUGAGCAAUGAACAUAAACUGGACACAAACAUAGAUCCUCUUGAUGAAAGAUCUUCUCCUAAUCAGACUCUUGUGGCAGAUGAAUUAACUGUAACUAGUGAAGAAAAUUUGCAUUCAGAGCUUGAGUCGAAUUCAUCCCUAAAUGUCACUGAUUAUAAGAUGGAUAAUACCAGUGAAUCGCAUCAUGAAUCAUUGGUGAUAGAAAACUCAGGUAUAAGUAUUGUUAAGGAUACUGAUUCAGUAGGUAAAUAUGACGGUGAGGUUGUAGUUCAUGAAGAGCAAGAGGAAUCAGAUACAGUUUCUGAACCUACAGAGAAUUAUUUUGAAAAAAAAGAGAAAGAGGAUGACACACAAAUCACACAUGAAAUUCAGACACAAGAAACACAUACAAAAAGCCCAUCGCUAAACACAUCUGAUGGAUCUGGUGAUUUAGAAGUUGCUGGUCAUGAUCCCAGUUUACCAGAAAAUGCAGACAUUGAUAAUAUUCCUAACGCUGUGUCUGAAGACCCAGAUGGCUAUACAACUUCCACAGAAACAGAACUGACAAAUGAAUUCUUCUCAAAGAAUGACUCAGUUCAGGAUGGCAAUAAUAAUAUCAUGCAUGAUCAAAAUCAAAGUGAGCACAAAGAGGAGAUUGACACAGCAAAUAAUGAGGAUCAUCAAACCAAUUCAGAAAGUGUCACACGAAGGAUGGAAAGUGACACAGGUGCCAUCUGGGAUCAAAGUGAUGAUGGUGACAUGGCAGUGAAGUCAGAAGAUGAAGAAGAACAUAGUGAUGAAGAACAGCCUGGAAACCUUGAAAUUCAAGACAAAAAAACUGUCAAUCAACCUACAGAAACCUCUAAAGAAUAUACAAACUUAUAUCCUCAUCUGAGUGAACAGAAUAUUGAAGACCUUUUAGAUUUAUUUGGAGACCAGAAGUUGUCAUGGCUGGAUUCCAAAAUGGGAAACACUAAUGCAGGUCAAGAUAAUGAUGACCUCGAUGAACUUGGUGACUUUGAACAGCUGUUGGAUUACCAUAUGAAGAUGAACACCAAAUUGGGACAUAUUCAACAAGAUAACGGUUUUCCCAGCAAGGAUAAUGCUAAAGAAUAUCCAGUACUACAAAAACUGUUAACCCUCUUAUCUUCUCUAAGAAAGAAAUAUUCACCAGUGAUAACAGAUAACAGUUUAGAAAGCCCAGGGAUCAACAAAGAUGACUGUGUUCAUGAAGCAUGUCUAGAUGUGAAUAAGAAUUCACAAAUCUCCACAACAGAGGUUGAAAAUAAUCAAGUUACCGAAGACAGAGCUGAUAUAAAUGACUUGGGCAAUCCUCAGAAUGAGCCAGUCUCUGAGGAAAAGGACCUUUCAGCAAACAGAGCUAAUGUGGAGGAUGUUCAGACUGAUGAGCAGGAUAUACAAAAGCAUGAGGAUUGGACAUCUUCUGAAACCAAAAAAAGUACUUUCCAAAACCACGGCCUUAUCUCUGAGGAGCAUGUUGAAUCACAGAAAGGUGAAGGGCAAUUUCAUCAGAUGGCAGUUUUUGUUGAAGUCACAAUUAAUGAAAUUGCAUCUAUAGUGGACAAGGUGAUUUAACUUCUGUGUCUUAGGUUGUGUCUUCGUCCUGAUGAUAUCCGGCCCGGUCCUGACUUAUAUGGACUGCCAUGGGAAGCUGUGGUUUUCACUGGAUUUUUAGGUUUAUUCACACUGCUUCUGUUCAGCUGCAGGUUCAUUCAUUCUAUCAGAAGUCGGUUAUAUGCAAGUAAAGAGAAGCAGAUGGCGCAGAAAGUGGCUGAACUUCUUGAUGAAAAAUGCAAAGUGCUGGAGACAUUCAGUGAGGUUAAACAGAAGUUUGACAAACUAGAGUCCACACUACAGAACAAUGGCAUGUCUGCACAAGCUGCAGAAAAAGACAAUUUAGAGGUGGCGUCACAGAAGCUUGAACAAUCAAAUGCACAGAUGAAAAAGGAAAUAGAGAGGCUGCAAGAUGAGCUAUCCCAACAAAACAAAGCAAGAAAACUGCAAGAGGAUCAGCUUGCUGAACUCGAGCAGAUUUUAAGAAAUUUAGAAGAGGAAUCUAAAGAACGAAAGUCCCAGUUAGAACAGGACAACACAACACUAAAGAUCCAUGAGAUCAACACAGAGCGACUGCAGAAGAACCUGCAGGCGGCCAAAGAAGAGCAUGCAAUGCUGCUCGAGAGUAAAGCACAGCUGGUGCAGGAGGCAGAGGACUGGGGUGAACGUCUCGGUGAGCUGGAGGAGGAGAUGAAAAUGUGUGAAAGAUCACAUACUAGCAUGCUGGAGGACUGCGCUAAUAAAGAUGAUCGCAUCAAGUCACUCACGGAGUGCCUAUUGAAGAUGCGAGAUUGGUAUUCUGAGGACGAGAGCUGCGUUGACGGCAGCACUAAUGCAGCUGGAGCUGAGAAUGGAGACAGUUCAGAUUUCCAUCAGAUGCAAAAAGUACAGAAACUUAUUGAAGCGGCCAAGAUGAGUGCAGACUUGAAGUCCAUGGAGGAGGACAAGAACAGAGUGUUUGCCAAACUCGCAGAUGAAAUUAAAGCCAAAGAAGAUCUCAAAGAGGGGAUCAAACAGCUUGAGGAGCAGAAGGAGGUGUUGGAAUCAGAGAGUGCCAGCUAUGCUAGUGAAAGCCAGAAACUCCAGCAGAAACUCCAGAUCAUGACUGAGAUGUACCAGGAGAAUGAACUCAAACUACACAGGAUGUUGACAGUGGAGGAGAAGGAGCGCUUGCAGAAGGAGGAGAAGCUAAACAAGGCAGGAAAGAAGAUCAGUCUUGCUACAGAGGAGCUCCACACUUACAGACAACGAGCCAGAGACCUAGAGGAAGAACUGGAAAGGACCUCACAGGCCUACAAGAAUCAGUUUGCUUCUCAUGAGAAAAAGGCUCAUGAUAACUGGCUAGCCGCAAGGGCAGCAGACCGAGACCUGGCUGAUGUCAAGAGAGAAAAUGCUCAUCUCCGCCAGAAGCUGACUGAUGCCCAAUUCAAGUUUGAGAUACUUGAAAAGGAUGUACGAGAGGGCAGACCUUUAUUUAGAGGUGAAAGAUCUCCAUAUGGACCCUCUCCUCUCAGCCGACCAUCCUCAGAAACACGGCCCUUCCUGUCCCCUCCUACACUAAUGGACGGACCCCCUCGACUCUCACCGCAGUUUAUGGGUCCAGGCAGAGCAUCCCGUGGCGUGGUAGAGCCCCCUAGUGGUGGGCCAGACUUUGAGCGGAGUGGCCCUCACUCUGAUAGUGGCUCACUGUCUCCCUCCUGGGACAGGGAACGCAGGGGCCCUCCCCCCCAUCCAGGUCACCCUCUCCCAGACCCGGGUUUGCCCUUUAGGAGGCCUCCUCCAGGUCUGUAUCCUAUGGGACCUUUGCCUCCUAGACCUCCACUUCCUCCUGAGCCAUACUUUGGUGAAAAAUCAGAUUCAUCAUUUCUAAGAAACAGCUCAUCCAUCAGUGACAAUGAGAGCAGAGAAGGCCCUCACUCAAUGCCUGGUGACAUGAGAUUGCCCCCUGAUUCAAAUUCAAGAAUGGGGCCUUCUCCUGGCCCCCCAUUAAUGGGAAUGCCCCCACUGAUGGACCCUAGGGACCAACACUUCCCACCCAGGGGCCCUUAUGGACCUCCGGAGUUCUUUCCCCUUCGUGGUCCUGGUGGUCCCCCCAUAGGCAUGCGAGGGCCACCUCCCCCGGGAAUGUUUCCCAGAGCUCCGAUGGUGCUCCCUCAACAUAUGGGCUAUCUGCCACAAAGACCUCUGUCUGACAGCUUCCCCCCGAGACCGCCACCCAGACCCUCCCCACCGGGCAGCGAGCAGCCCCCCAACCAGUCGCCCUCUCCUCAUGAUGUCAUCUGAUCGCUCAUGCGCCUUUCCUCUCCAGCAAACUGUUUCUGACUUCCUGUUGUUGUGCUCAGGGGGUGUUUCCUUUGAUAUGUAACCACAGUCGCCUUGUGGCUAUCUCUUACUUCAGUCUUAGUUGAAAGCGCAAGCAUGGCACAGGGUGAAGCACUUACCACUGGUUAUAAUAUUAUGAGGAAGAAGUUGAUGUCUGUAUUUCAGGUACAGUGUAAGUGUGCAGCCUUUGUGAACCUGUAGGUAAAUUGGAAAAAGUCAAUGAGACUGCCUUUUAAAAGGAUUACAGGUGCUCAGGUUUGUGAUGGUCUUGUACUUUUUUUUUUUUUUUUUUUUUUUUUAAUUGAAGGUAGUUGAUAAAAGGUCCUCAUAUUUGUCAAACUGUAUAUAUAGAAAGUCUAAGUAUAUAUUGUGAAUAAGAUGCUUUUGAAACAAGACUUUAGUAACUUGACAAAUCUAACAACUCAGUCAAAAGAACAGUUCAUGUAGCGUAUAUAUUUAUAGUUUCCUCUAAUAACAACUCAUGCCUUAAAAUAGGUGGUCUGUUGAACUUAUGUACAUUAAUAAUAAAAGAUGUAAUUUGAAAAAUAUUGGAUUUUUUGCUGAGACAGUGCUAAUGCGUGAAAAAAAAAGACCAGUAGAGGUGCACAAAUAAUAAAAUUCUGGUUGAUAAAAGUUUGUUAUGCCUGAUAACUGCAUAAAAUUAACUAAAAUAUUAAACAAAAAUAAAUCAUUUAAGUGCUUCAAAUGAACUGAAAUGAUUCCCUGACAAGCAGAAUUAUGUAUUCAUUCGUUUUAUGCUAUAAUCAAAAUAAAAAUUAUAUAAUCAAAAAUUUCACAACUCUGGUUUAAAAAAAAAAAAAAAAAAAAAAAAAAGUGAGAAAUUACUAUGUUUCCAUUCAGUCUCGUAUUUUGAAGCAUUCAGAGAAAAUAAAAAAAUAAAAAAAUGCACUAUACAUCACAACUGCAUGAAACAGAGACAACAUUGAUUUUUCUAUGCUUUUAUUUUACCGAUUAAAAGAAAAUGCAUUCGUUCAACAUUAAUUCAAAUCAACAUUCGGCUGGUUUACCCAAUAUCUGUCAGUUAAGUUUUUCAAAGAUUUUCAUUCUUUAUCGUGGAACCUCAAGAUCACUUUCUCUCAUUAAAAUCUUCCCACCUGGCAUGUUCACACCUGUGCCAGAGUACUUCCUGUUUGCAGAUGUACAUAUAAAAUCCAAUGCUAUGUGCUCACCGGAGACAAAAAAGUAGACAGAACACACCUGCCCAAAUAUUUAAACAUUUAAGAUGGUAAAACCAUUUUUGCAAAACGACGCUUAUAAACUUUUUUCAAUGUUCAUAAAUAGAACCCGGACAUGUGUUGCAUAAAAGUAUAUACGUUGAUAUAUAUACACAUAUGCACGUUUAUGUUAUCUUAUUUAACUCCCCGUUAAGUUUAUAAGGUAGCAGCGUGGUCUUAGCACUGCUGGUGCCCCAUGAUGGCCACUUCUUUAUUGCAAACUGUCCUGAUUUUAAACAAAUGCACAACAUUCGUACCACUUAUAACUGGGGCCUUCUGGCCAGUCUCAUAGAGACCAUGUCUGUAACCCACGGUCGCCCCUGAAACUGAGUUGGCUUCCGAAGAAUCAAGAUCUUAAAACAAUAAUAAUAACAAUAAUAAGGCCAAGUUUCAUUGCAAGUUAGGUUAUUUCCAUUUGAGUGACAGAAAAAGAAAAGAAAAAUCCAAAAGAAAGAAAAACGAGUAGAGAGCCAUUGGAUCGUAUGCAUUCCUUUUGCAUAGUUUUUGACUUUGCCGUUAACGCAAGCCGACCAGAGAGAGAGAAAGAGAGACCUGCAGUGGAAACUCGGGACGGUUCGUUUUUACCAAAGGCUGGCGUGAGGUUGAUAAUCGGUAAGGUAGCUGUCGUCUCAGAUGGGGUCAUAGCAGCCCUCUUCCUCCUCACUACGAGAUUGUGAAAUGCAUAUAACGUUUAAGAAAGAAAAAAAAGUAAUAAAACUGGGAUCCAACUGAGUUGUAACAACCGACUGGUCGCAUCGAUCGGGAAUAAAAACCUACACUUGCUCGCUCUCAAAUGGCUCAAGAAUUUCAUAGUAGGACCAGUCGAAAGCUGAUUACAGGAUCCCGCCCCUGCCCGAACCGAAACAGAACAGAAUAAAAGAGUAAAAAAAUAAUAAUUUCAUGCAGACAUUUGGCCAUUUUAGUUUGUUUUAGCUCCCCAGUGGAAUGUUCCUAACACGUCUCAUAGCAGCUUAUAGGUCUGAUAGAACCAACCUUGAUUUUCAAUAGUUAAAUUACAUUCACUCUUCACAGUGAAACAGGUGCAUUGUAAGAGAGAUCUGAUGUAUGUUGACCAAAGCCACAGCACAGCUGUGGACCACCAUCCAAGUCCAACCAUUAGUACAUUUAUCUAAUAGUAGUUGUCGUAAUACAAUAGUAGUAGUACAUCUCGGCCCAUCAGCCAUUGGCCCUGCCCUCUGCCAGCAUGCGGGCACUUAAAAAAAAAAAAAACCUUUAAAUUAAUCGUAUCACCAGUAUCUUUGGCAGAUGAUGUGCUGACAGAAGUUAAAUCCAGUGACUUUGUUAAGAAGAUUCUUUGUUAAUGGAAACUUUCAUGGUGAGAGGCCUGAGCUAUUUGACUCUGUUUUGUUUCCUCCACACGUCUAACAGUAACCCUGAGAAUGGCUGUUUCCUGUUCACUGCUGAGGAAGUGGUACGCUUUGUACGGAACACACACCUUCUCUGAUGGAUGCACUUUUUGAAUGUUUACACAACACACUCACACACACACAUAGAGAGAUUGCAAAGAAAACCGAGACGAAAACACUGAUGCUAUGUCUUUGUAACGCUUCGCAGACUUGGUCGACUGGGAACGAACGGUGACGGGGUUUUGAAAUUAAAGCUAUUCUGGGUUUUAGGCACGGUAUGAAUGCUUUAGCAGUUUGUAACGCGUCGUACACUGUCGUUCUCCGCUCAACUCAAGUCGUUCGGCAAAAUCAAUGCACGACGAACAAGCUCCGAAUUAAGAACACACUUAUUGAAAUCAUUUUUUGGUGCUGUACCAAGUAGAACUUUUUGAAA